CUCGCCUGGGUUUCGCUUUUAAAAUGGCGCAAGCUGGAGUUUUCCUGGAGCACGACCAGUUCAACUGUUCCAUAUGUCUGGAUGUCUUAAAGGACCCUGUGACUAUCCCAUGUGGCCACAGCUAUUGUAAAGGCUGCAUUAAAGGAUACUGGGACCAAGACGACAAUCUGGGCAUUUAUGGCUGUCCUCAGUGCAGGCAGAGCUUUGCACCCAGACCUGUGCUUGGCAGGAACACCAUGCUGGCUGAUGUCGUGGAGAAACUAAAGAAGACAGGGCUCCAUGCUGGGCCAACAACCUCUGAUCCGAGCCAAGCCAAGCCAGGGGACGUGGAGUGCGACGUCUGUUAUGGAAAGAAAAACAAAGCCUUUAAAUCGUGUCUGGUUUGUCUUGCGUCCUAUUGUGAGACCCACCUUCAACCUCACUUCGAGUCAGCGGCCUUUCAGAAACACAAUCUGGUGUCCCCUUCAAAAAAGCUACAAGAACAGAUGUGCUGUCGCCACGAUAAACUCCUGGAGGUUUUCUGUCGCACGGAUCAGCAGUGUAUUUGUUACCUUUGUUUAACCGAUGAGCACAAAGGGCAUGACACUGUUCUGGCAACAAUAGAGAUGAAUGAGAAAAAGAAUGCUCUCGUGGAGAUGCAGAGGAUUUCCCAGCAGAGAAUUCAGGAAAGAGAGAAGGAGUUGGCUGACCUGAGACAGGCUGCACAGGCGCUCACAAUUUCCGCACAGACGGCACUCGAUGAGAGCGAGCGUAUUUUCACAGAACUGGUGUGCUCUAUAGAGCGGCGCCGCACUGAAGUGAAGGAGCUGAUCCGAGGUCAGGAGAGGACAGCAGUGAAUCAGGCUGAAGCAGUUCUUCAUCAACUGGAACAAGAGAUCACGGCGCUGAAGAAAACACAUGCUGAAUUAGGAGAGCUCUUCCAAACAGAGGACCAUAUCGCCUUCCUGCAGAAUUGCAGGUCUGUGUGUGCUCAGCCUGCGCCUGUUGUCUUACCUGCAAUCACCUUUGAGCCAAACUUUGGGAUCGUCAUGACAGCGGUAUCCGAGUUCCAAGCUCUCUUAGACGAUGUCUGCCAAGGUGGAUUUGUCAGUAUUUCGGAGAAAGUGAAUGAUGUUACUAUUAUUCAGUCCACGAUCCAAAAACCAGAUUCUAACUUAGCUAUAUCAACACCACUACUCUUUGGCCAGUCCGGACAAAAUCCUUUUACCAUAAAUGCCCCGACAUUUAGUCUUUUUCCAUUGUCAUCACAUGGAUCCAGAGCAUUAAGUUCUCGUCAGAGACUGCAGCCGCGAAGGAGACGCAAAUGUGUUUCGAAAAAAAUGGCUGACACAAAUAUCUCUGUGGACAAGGACCAAUUCUGUUGCUCGGUGUGCUUGGAAGUGCUGUGGGAGCCGGUCACUAUUCCCUGUGGUCACAGUUAUUGCAUGGAGUGUAUUAAAGGUUACUGGAGGAAAUUUGAGUUAAAAGAAGAGUACAGCUGCCCUCAGUGUCGAAGAACCUUUAGUCCCAGACCUGCGCUGUCCAAAAACACGAUGCUGGCUGAUAUUGUGGAAAAACUGAGGAGAACUGGAGUUCAAGAUUUUCUUCAGAGUCAUUUGAAGGAUGUGGACUGUGACGUUUGUACUGGGAGGAAGCAUAGAGCUGUGACGUUUUGUGUGAAAUGUCAGACGUUAUACUGUGAAAUUCACCUAAAACCUCACAACGAAAGAAAUCGAGGAAGGAUGCAUCAGCUUAUUGAAGUUACAAAGCAAUCGCAGAAGAGAAUUUGUUCACGGCACAAUAAACUGCGGGAGGUUUACUGUCGCACCGACCAACAGUGCAUUUGUAGUUCAUGCCUAAAGGAUGGGCACGAGGGACACAGCGCAGUAUCAAUUAUGGAGGAGAGGACCGACAAACAGAAACACUUUGAGGAAGUGUGGAGAAAGUCAAAGCAGAGGUGUAAGGAGAGAGAAAAGGAACUGCGAAACAUUGUAAAAUACAUCAAGCGUUCUGCACAAGUGGUUGAGGAUGACAGUGAAAAGAUCUUCACCAGACUGCUGCGCUCCAUCGAAAGGAAGCACAACGAGGCGAAAGAGCUGAUCAGAGGUGAGGAGAGGACAGCUCUAGGCCAGACGGAGAAGCUUCUAGAACGACUGAGUCAACAGAUAAUUGAACAUAGAAGAGGAGAGGCUGAGCUAGAGAUGCUUUCAAACACAGAGGACCAUAUACAUUUCCUACAGAACUAUAAGUCUCUAUGUGCUCCUCCUGAACUCGGGGGUCAGCCCAGCAUUAACGUCCAUCCAUACUUCUCUUUGCUGAUACUGAGGAAGGCUCUCACAGAGAUAAAAGAGAGAGUUACUGACAUUUGUGACAGAGAAUCAGCAAGAAUAUCAGAAAUGGUUGAGCAAAAUCAGGCAUCUGAAAAUAUCUUGAGUUUACCAGUGAACUCUGAAACAGCACGAGGAACAUCACCACAAACUGAGCCGAGGACUAGAGCAGAUUUCUUACAAUAUUGCCAUGAUCUGACGUUAGACCCGAACACUGCCAACUCUUUCAUCCGUCUCUCUGGAGACCAUCGAGAGGCCACAACAGAACCGGAGCCUCAGUCGUACUCUGAACAUCCAGAGCGGUUCAGCAGUUGGGCUCAGGUCUUGUGCACUGAGGGUCUGUCGGAACGCUGUUACUGGGAGGUGGAGUGGGGAGGCAGUGGGGGAGUUUCCAUUGGAGCUUCCUACAAAGGGAUUCCAAGGACUGGAAGGAAUAUGGACAGAAAACUGGGAUGCAAUUCCAAAUCCUGGAGUUUAGAUUUCUCCAAUUCUCUUUGUUUUUUCAGGCACAAUAAGUCUAGUAUAGAAAUACACACUCCGAUGCCAAAUAGAAUUGGGGUGUUUCUUGAUCACACAGCUGGAACUCUGGCUUUCUAUAUUGUUACUUUAGCAGAUGAUAGCAUGACUUUGCUUCAUCAAGUGCAGACCACUUUCGCCCAACCCCUCUACCCUGGAUUCUGGGUUGGACUUGGCUCCACUUUGAAAAUCUGUCAAACUUUCAGUUUCUCAGCUUAGUAAAACAAAAGCGUGUGCUCUUUUUUAAUUAUAAAGAAGAUAUUUUGUUAUUGUUAUGAAUAGGGCUGAAAGAAUUGGUUCUUGUCUAGAAUAAAAAAACAUGACUUUCGGUUCUGUUUACGGUUCCCAAACGUAACAAUGUGUCCUGCAGGGGGCCUGGGUAGCUCAGCGAGUAUUGACGCCAACUAUCACCCCUGGAGUCACGAGUUCGAAUCCAGGGCAUGAGUGACUCCAGCCAGGUCUCCUAAGCAACCAAAUUGGCCCGGCUGCUAGGGAGGGUAGAGUCACAUGGGGUAACCUCCUCAUGGUCUCUAUAAUGUGGUUCUCGCUCUCAAUGGGACACGUGGUAAGUUGUGCGUGGAUCGUGGAGAAUAGCAUGAGCCUCUACAUGCGAAAUCUCCACGGUGUCAUGCACAACAAGCCACGUGAUAAGAUGCAAGGAUUGACAGUCUCAGAAGUGGAGGCAACUGAGACUUGUCCUCUGCCACCCGGAUUGAGGUGAGAAACCGUGCCACCAAGAGGACCUACUAUGUAGUGGAAAUUCGGCGUUCCAAAUUGGGAGAAAAGGGGAUUUACAAUUUUUUUUUUUAAUCUACGGGGCAAAAUAUACAGCACAACUAGUGCAGUCCGAUUCCCAAACUAAUAAAUCUAAUGAGCCAGUUCUUUUGAAUCUAUAGCAUGACCACCAUAAUUCAAUCCCCAAACAACUGACUCUUAUGAGCUGGUUCUUUUUAGUGAAUCAAAGGCAAGUAUAUUUACUGAUUUACUGAAUAAUCAAACACGUAAUUGACGAUUUUCGUCUUGUCCAGUUUGAAAUGAAAUGAGAACUGCUACCAUGUUAUGCAAUGUGGUACUUGAGUCUCCCGAGACUUAAAUCAGGCAGUGUAGUUACUGAAUUGUUCGUCAUAUGACAAUGUGUAGUUAAAGAUACACAAGUUUAGGUGUAGACAAUAACAUUUUAGAAAAUAAUACAUGCAAGAAUUAAAUGUUACAUCUUUUUUGUUUUAGAACUUUUAUUUAAAUGUACUGUAUAGUUUCCAUAAAUUAUUGGAUUGCAUCUAUGCCUCUAAAAAGUCUAUAAUAAAAUGGAUUUCUGAUUUGUUUUAUAGGCUCUGUCGAAAUCUGAAAUUACUGCAUCACUUGGCAACAGGCUGCUGAGGGCAGUAAAUGCAAUAAGAAUUGCAUUUCUUAUGUCCAAACAAUUCUUCCUCAAAAGUACUAAAAGUAUCAUUAAAAAAACUAGAAUUGUUAAAAAGGAACCGUUCCAUCAUAAUUCUCUCAUCAUUUACUCACCCUCAUGCCGACAACUUUCUAUAUUGCAUAUCCCACACAAACACACACACACACACAUAUAUAUAUAUAUAUAUAUAUAUAUAUAUAUAUAUGAAUGUGAACAUGGUAUUUAACAUAUAUUUAAUUACAUAAAUGGAAACUGAAAACAAUCAAUGCUUUACAAAAAUAUGUGUUAAAUGCAUUAAAUACCGUAGGAACAACAUAUGCAUUCUUGGGGUAGUAAUGCAAAUUAUUUUAUAAUAUAAAAAAAUAUUCCACAAAUUAUUAUUAUUAUAAUUUUUUUUUUUUUAAAGUCAGUUACACAAAGAUACACUCUUUAAUUGAGAAAUAUCUGGAGAUGCAGAUUAAAAGACCACUUCACGCUGGGUCAUUUUUGACCACAUAUGCGUUUUAGGGUUAAUCCAUAUCCCCUUAGGGCAAUACGGA